AUGGCCAAUCAAUUCUUUCUCAAUGGGGAAAUCCUAUAUAGGAGGACUCCAGACCUAGGAUUUCUACGAUGCAUCGAUGCCACAGAGGCCACAAGAUUGUUAGAGAAGAUACAUGCAGGAACUUAUAGACCCUACAUGAACGGUUUCAUGCUUGCGAAGAAGGUUUUGAGAGCUGGAUACUUUUGGAUGACCAUGGAGAGGGAUAGCAUUCAAUUAGUGCAGAAGUGUUACCAAUGUCAGGUUCAUGGAGACUUUAUACGAGUUUCUCUAAAUGAACUCAAUGUGAUGGGUUCUCCUUGGCCGUUUGCUGCUUGGGGCAUGGAUGUUAUUGGGCCCAUAGAACCUUCUGCGUUCAAUGGACACCGUUUUAUCUUGGUCGCUAUCGAUUACUUCACAAAGUGGGUUGAGGCCUCGACACAUAAGGUCGUAAUCAAGAAUGUGGUAGUAGAUUUUGCUCGGAACAACUUAGUUUGCCGAUUUAGAAUUCUAGAAUCAAUCAUAACAGCUAAUGGAUCCAAUCUUAAUAGAGAACUGAUGAGAGAGAUUUGCGAAAGAACUUCUACUGGGGCAACUCCCUACAUGCUGGUUUAUGGGUCGAAAGCAAUGAUACCUGCAGAAGUAGAGAUACCUUUAUUGAAAGUCAUUCAGGAGGUGGGUCUAGACGAUGCUGAAUGGAUUUGUAGCAGGAUCGAGCAGUUGAUGCUUAUUGAAGAGAAGAGAUUGGAUGCAGUCUGUCACGGUCAACUCUAUCAAAAUAGAAUGAUCAAGGCAUUCAACAAGAAAUUCAAGCCUCGUCGAUUCACACUGGGACAGUUAGUAUUGAAGAAGAUAUUCCCUCACCAAGAUGAAGCCAAAGGGAAAUUUGCGCCAAAUUGGCAAGGCCCUUACAUAGUUCAUCGAGUACUCUCAGGAGGAGCAGUAAUCCUUACAAAAAUGGACGGAAUAAUAAGCAUGAAGCCGAUCAACUCAGACGCCAUCAAGAAGUACUAUAUUUGA